GAACUUUAGAGUUGCGCGCUUGUUGCUAUGGACGCCUGGCUCGUCGCUAACAGGAAAGAGGGGACACUACUUCCGGGUAAAGAGCAAACGUGUAUCCACGUGAAUUAUCAAAGAGUUCAAAACGGAAUCCGCUGAGGACGUGAUCUUUGUAUUUGAAAAGUGUGCAACUAAAUCCAAUAAGAUUACCGUUGACAAGGCGAAGCGACUGGCCCUGCAAAGAGACAUCGAUCAGCAGUCCCAGCCCAGGCAUCAAGUCAAACCCUUGAUAAGCCAGGGGCCUGUUGUUGUGGAAAAGGUGAACAUGAAGACGAAGGAGGAGAAGAGUGAGGAGAACUUUUUAAAGAAGGAGAAGAAACACAAGAAAGGACAAACCUCUCUGCUGGAAAAUAAAAGCUUAACUGUAGAUGAUAAGAGCCUAGCAGAGGUGAAAAAAGAAAAGAAGAAGAAGAGUAAAACAGUGGAUGUUAUAGUUAUAGAUACAGAAGAUGAGUCUUUGGAUGGAGGGGGUGAAAAGGAAGAGAAGAAAAAGAAGAAGAAGAAAAUUGAUUCUGAAUCUCUAAAUGCUGCCAAUGUCAAGAAAGGAAAUGACAAUGAAGUCAGUAAAAAGAAGAAGAAGAAACAGGUGGAAAUGGCACAGUUCAGUUCAGUAAAAGAAGAUGAAGUGGAAAAGAAACCGAGUAAAAAAAAUAAAUCUGUUCAGAUUGAAUCAGAAAAUGUGAAGAUGGAAAAGGAGGAGGACCAACAGCAAGCUGGAAAGAAUGAAUUACCAAAGAAAGCCAAAAAGCGUAAAAACAUUUUAGUUGUAAACACAGAGAAGUGUGAGGAGAAAGUAAAAGAAAAGAAAACCACUGAAGCUAUGGAUGGAAUAAGUGUAACAAAAAAGAAAAGUGCAGCUAAAAGAAAAGUGGCAAAGAAUGGAGUGAAGUUAGAAACACCAGAGGAAGAUACUGGUGAGGUAGAAGAGGUAAAGGGGAAAAACAAGAGAAAAAAGGAAGCCGCCACUAAAGAAGAUGGAAAUGGAUUAGGAAUAACGCAAAUCAAAGGUAACGACAAAGGGAGCAAAGAAGCAUCGGACAAAAAGGUGGUGCCCAGCAAGAAGAAAGACGAAUCCACAGAGAGUGAGAUUGUUAUCGUAGACGAGGAUGAGAUGGAGCCGAAGAAAAAAGGGAAGAAAAAAAAGGGGAGAAAAGCUUCUGUGGAGGUCAGCGAAGUAGAGGAGACGGAGCCAAAGAAGAAGAAAAGGAAAAAGAGAAACUCAAAGGGAGAGGAGGAAGAAUCAUUAGUACUGGAAUGUGAAGAAGUUGAGGAGCCGAGGAGUGAAACAGGCAAGAAGAGCAAAAGGAAGAAGAGCUCCACUAAGAAGGCAACACAGGUGGAGACUGUGAGUUCUGGAACUGUUGACAAAAAGAAGAAGAGGAAGAUUAAAGAAGAGGUGGAAGACCAACAUGACUCCGCCCAUGUCUUGGACGUGGUCUUCCUGUCAGAGAAAACAGGAAACACUGAUGAGGUCAACAUAAACCAGGAAAGAAGACAGGCAUUGCAAACGGAAAUCGACAAGGCCUCUCAACCUCAAAAAACAGCCAAACCUACGGGUCUCGGGCAGUGGAGCACUGCUGAGUUCAACAACUCUGAACGGGAGCAGAAGUUCCUCCGGUUGAUGGGCGGCUUCAAAAAGGGUUUCCAGCCGGCUGCGUUGAGCAGCAAAGGAGUAAACAUGGCACUGGGGCAGGGCGCACAGCAGCAGUUGCACCAAGGGCUUCUGGGAGAGUUUGAACGUGCACAGUCGCGCAGAAUGGACUCAGGCAACAGGGGGUCAGGACUUGGGUUCACUCCGUCGUCCAAUAAGAAGUUCUUCAUUGACAUCAGCUCAAGUCGAUCAGUUCGCUUUGAUGAUUGAGUUGUGUGUGUGUGUGGGAGGGUAUACAUCUUUAAGAUGUGUGUUUUUGUAUGUCCAGUUUUAACUGUAGACAUCUCUCAACAGACUAUUAUAAUUUAUAAUAUCAGAGACUGAACACACAAGCCAAAAGAUCCAUUUGUACAUACUGUAUAUUAAACACCCUCCUGCUCGAGGCACUGUUUUUAUUUUACAAGAUUGUAACCGAGCAACAGUUUAUCAGAAGUUUGUGUGAUUUCAAUAAGUCGGUUAAUAUUGAGUUGGUAUAAAUGUUUUCCACAUUUCAGUAUUCUCUGAUCAUGUUUUCCAGACAAAAAUAAAUGUCUUGUUUUCUUUACUUUCA